CUCUCCUUCAGCCCCGGACAGGCCCUGGAUUCUGGCGCUUGAGGCCGCCAUUGCUGACCUUUGUGGGCGGGGCCUCGUCUCUCCCCAGUCUGCUCCAAAGCUGCUCCUUGAGCUUCUGGGACGGUGGGGCUCUCGUGCUGGAGAGGUGUCCUGACUGCAUGCAGGCAGAGGAGGCUGACAUCUAAUAAUCCUGUGCGUUGGAGCUGUGAGUACCAGCCCAGUUCUACUGCUACCUGGCCCUGGGGAUUGUAGCUUUCUCUACCACCUUGGGGACUUGCUGGGUCCUGAAGUACGCAGACAAUUGAAGCUGCUGCUCUAUACCCCCCCCCCCCCCUUCUGUGCUGGACUGUGCUGUGAGUGCCCUGGGAAUAUUGGCUACUGUUCUAUUCCUGCUCUAUUAACCCCCCUGUUCUGGGAGUGCUCUGCGGAUAUUAGCCGCAGUUCUGCUAACCCCUUCUGUGCUAGACUGUGCUGCGAGUGCUCCAGGACUUCUGCUGCUGCUCUGUUGCCCCCUCUGGGCUGGACUGUGCUCCAAGUACUAUUGGGGUUCCCUGUGCGCUUGCGGCACUCAGUAUUGUGGAACUUUUUGCUAUAUUACUGGGAGUGGUGUACUCUACGACCUGCGACUGUACUUCUUGUUUCUGGUGCUUUACUUUUCUCAUCCUCGCCUGUGUUGGUGUCUGUGUGCCACGAUGGGAGGCUCCAGGGGCAGAUCCAAGUUCAACAAGUCGGGAGUUGGAGUGUUUCUUCCACCCUUAGAAGAUGAUGCCUCUUCGGACGACGGCCAUUCUGAGACUAGUGGCUACCUUUUUUGUUUUGUCCUUGUUGUCUGUGUUGUCCGUUUGUCUGUGGUGAGUGUGGGAGCUCCUAUGGUUAUCGGAUAUAAUGGGAUAGCCCUGUUGGCGUUCUUUCUUGGUUUCAUGAUGGGGUCCCUUAGAAUAUUGAACUGGAAUGUUCAUGGCUUAAAUUCCAAGUUUAAGAGAGCGCUGCGCCUAGACUUUGUUAAGAGACACUCCCCGCAUAUUAUCUGCUUGCAGGAAACCCACCUUACGGGUCAAAAGGUCCUGGCCCUUAAGAGGGUGUGGGUUGCGAAGGGUUACCACUCUUCGUACUCGUCUUUGGCUAGAGGGGUCUCAGUUCUAGUCUCUAAGUCCCUCCCCUUGAUAAUUUCCCGGGUUUCCUGUGACCAUUUUGGUAAAUAUGUGAUACUUCAUUGUGCGCUGGCCUCCUUUAGCUUUAACUUAGUGUCUGUGUAUGUCCCACCUCCCUUUCAUGUGGCCCACUUGGACUUGAUAGUAACUAAGCUGACUUCCUUCCCUACUUACCCUGUUCUUUUUAUAGGAGACUUCAAUGUUGUUCCUGAUCCCCGGCUUGAUUGCACCAGUGCUGUGGACCCCGGAUCCUCUGCUUUAACUUCUUGGCGUUUGGGGUUGGGCCUUACUGACAUUUGGAGAUGGAAGUACCCAGAUGAUACCGUCUUUUCUUACUACUCCUUGCUGCACCGAAACUUUUCCCGAAUAGACCUUGCUUUCGCUUCGGCUGACCUGCUGCCAGUGGGGGACUAUCAUUACGAAUACACAGAAUGUGACAGCACCGGAUCCAGGUGGAGAGUAGCUGUACCAAAUCCGGAAAAACAAUGUACUGCAUUGCCAGAUCCAGUCAAAGGAAAAGAUUGCACAUUUUCCUGUGAAGCGGGGCAGUUCUUGGAUAUUAAAACGCAGUCAUGCACAGAGUGUGCAGCAGGAACAUACUCAUUGGGAACCGGGAUCAAGUUUGAUGAAUGGGAUGAGAUGCCAUCAGGAUUUUCCAAUGUGGCAACAUUUAUGGAGACCAGUGCUGACUUUUCUGGAAACAGACCUGAUAGCUGCGAUAACUCAUCUUGGAUUCCUCGAGGAAACUACAUUGAAUCAAAUCGAGAUGACUGCACUGUAUCCCUUAUCUAUGCCGUGCACCUGAAGAAAGCGGGAGCUGUGUCCUUCGAUUACCAAUACCUUGACAAUAACAUCUUUUUUGAAUUCUUUAUUCAAAAUGACCAGUGUCAAGAAACAAGUUCUGCAUCAGAUAAGUGGGUGAAACUCUCUGAGAACAGUGAAUGGAUGCAUCAUUCGGUGGCAUUAAAAUCUGGAACCAACAUUUUAUAUUGGAGAACUACUGGAAUUCUCCUGGGAUCAAAGGUUGUGAAGCCUGUCCUCAUAAAGAACAUAACUAUAGAAGGAGUGGCAUACACAUCUGAGUGCUUUCCUUGUAAACCCGGUACAUACAGUGAUACACCAGGUUCCUCUUUUUGCAAGAUCUGUCCCAGGAACUCCUAUUCUGACAAAGGAGUCACAGAAUGCAGUAAAUGUGAUCAGGACACCCAAUACUCAGAUGACGGAGCCAGCAAGUGUUUAGAUCUUCCUCCAUGCUCAGCUAAAGAUAUGUUUCAAAUACAUACUCCUUGUGACAAUGAUGGAAAGACUCAGAUCAUGUAUAAAUGGAUUGAGCCAAAGAUAUGCAGAGAAGAUCUUUCUGAUGCUAUCAAGCUUCCAGCUUCUGGGAAUAAGGAGGACUGCCCCCCCUGCAACCCAGGCUUUUAUAGCAAUGGGACAUCUAUGUGUUCUCCCUGUCCCUUUGGGACUUUUUCCGAUGGUAUACAAGAGUGUAAACUGUGUGCUGCUGGAACCGAGCCCGUACUUGGAUUCGAGUAUAAGUGGUGGAAUAUUCUUCCUGCUAACAUGAAGACAUCUUGCUUUAAUGUAGGAAACUCAAAAUGUGACGGAAUGAAUGGUUGGGAAGUUGCUGGAGAUCAUGUCCAGAGUGGAGCCGGUGGGUCUGACAAUGACUACCUGCUUCUAAAUUUGCAUAUUCCAGGAUUUAAGCCUCCCACAUCUGGAGGGAACAGCGCAGAAAUAGGCAGAAUCACUUUUGUGUUUGAAACCAUUUGUACGGCUGACUGUGUGCUGUACUUCAUGGUGGAUGUUAACAGAAAGACCACUAGCGUGGUGGAGUCAUGGGGAGGAAACAGAGAAAAGCAGUCCUAUACGCACGUCAUAUCAAAGAAUGCUACAUACAUGUUUACAUGGGCAUUCCAGAAGACAAAUCAAGCUCAAGAUAGCCGGCGUUAUGUAAAUGAUGUUGUAAAGAUCUAUUCAAUAACGGCCACCAACGUUAUGGAUGGGGUGGCAUCGAGCUGCCGGCCCUGUGCCAUGGGCUCUCAGCAGUCUGGAUCAUCCUGUGUUCCCUGUCCUGCUGGUCACUAUAUUGAUAAGGAGAGCAGCACGUGUAAAGAAUGCCCACCUAACACCUACUUAUCCUCGCACCAAGUGAAUGGGAAAGAGGCUUGCAUCCCAUGUGGUCCUGGAAGUAGAAGCAAUAAGGAUCACUCAGCCUGUUACAGUGACUGCUACUUCUCCUACAUGCAUGAGAACCAGAGCUUGAUGUACAACUUGAACAAUCUCAGCAGUGUGGGAACUCUCAUUAAUGGACCCAGCUUUACUUCCAAAGGAACAAAAUACUUUCAUCUUUUCAACAUCAGUUUGUGUGGAAACGGAGGGGAAAAGAUGGCUGUGUGUACUGACAACAUCACUGAUGUCACCAUGAAAGAGAUGGAAUCAGAAGCAGAGGACAUGUCCAAUUUUGUCAAGACUUUUGUUUGUCAGUCUACUAUCAUUCCAUCCGACAGCAAAGGAUUCCGCACAGCAUUGUCAUCACAGUCGGUCAGCUUGGCUGAUGCCUUCCUGGGUGCUACAACCGACCGAACUCUGGAUGGAAUUACCAUGAAACCUGACAUUUUUCCUUCUCAGAAAAAGAUACCCAAUAUAAAUUUCUUUUUCAAAUCUUCUUCGGUUACUUCAUCAUGUGAAAAAGGAAGAGCUACAGUUAUAUCUCUACGGUGUGAUCCCACAAAUCCUGGUCAGGGAGCAAUUUCAGUGCCCAGACUGUGUCCUGCAGGUACAUGUGAUGGGUGCAAUUUUUAUUUUCUCUGGGAAACAGCAGAAGCAUGCCCACUUUGUACAGAAAAUGACUACCAAAAAAUAGAAGGGGCUUGUAAAAAGGGUCAUCAGGAAACACAUUAUGUUUGGAAUGAACCCAAGCUCUGCAUGCGAGGAAUCCCCCUUCCAGACAAAAGAACAGCAGCGUGUGAAUCAAUAGACUUCUGGCUAAAAGUGGGUGCUGGGGUGGGUGCCUUUGUAGCAGUUCUGCUUGUUGCACUGACCUGCUACUUCUGGAAGAAAAAUCAGAAGCUUGAAUAUAAGUACUCCAAGCUUAUCAUCACAGCUAAUUCCAAGGAGUGCGAGCUUCCUGCUCCAGACAGCUGUGCUAUAAUGGAAGGAGAAGACAAUGACGAUGACGUGGUAUAUUCCAAUAAACAGUCGUUGCUGGGAAAACUAAAGUCACUUGCAACAAAGGAGAAAGAACACAGUUUUGAAUCUGUACAGUUGAAAUCUUCACGGCCACAACAUAUAUGAAGCCCAGAUAUUGCCUUUCAGACUGUAAAAAAAAAAUUUUUGUAGGAAAAAACAUAUCAUAAGAAGAAAUCAGUAUACGGUACCAAUGAAGAUUAAAGAGGCUCUGAAGUAUCACAACAUAGUAAAAUCUUGGCUGCCUUAUUACCUUACAGAGUAUUUUGUCAAAAAUGGAAUACAUGGAAGUUUAAAGUUCAUCUCAGGACGAGCAAAGUGAUGCUGAAGAUGUUAUGCUUAUUGUGUGUCGCUUGUGCAUGUUGUGUCCAUCCUAUGACACUUGUUGCACAGAAACAGAACUGUUAACAUUUACCACCAAAUUAGGUUUUAAAUCUAAGCUGGAAUAUAGUAAAAAAAAGUGACCAUCUCUUUCUACUACAAAUUGUAACUGAAGGAAGUAAGAUAAAUAUCUUUCCCACAAUAGAAGUAAAAAAUUGUGAAUUUAAUAUUUUCAUAUAUUUUCAUUGGUUUCCGUUACAGAUAUUUUAGCAUUUUUAAUACUUACAUUACAUUUCUUGUAACCCUCCCCUGGUUUUAGAAGGAGCAUGUACUGUAGGGGUUUCCACUUCAAAAUCUUUGGCUGACAAUGUGCCAAUUGUUGAGGUUGAUUUGAUCCAACACCAUAUUGCAUUCUCAAGGGGACUUCAUCACACUUUUUUAUGGUCUAUAUCUGGUAUACAUCUCAGAUCUAUUCUCUUAGAAGGCUUUAAAGCAGUAUAUUGUAUGGAUUGCCAGGGCACGCUUAGGCAGUACAAUGUGUAUUAAGUUUCUUGAAAUGUUUUAUAGAAUUGAAAAAGUUUUAGUACCGGCGCACUGGGAUAGCUAACUGAGCAGCCUAGAUACAACAAGGUGGAUCACUGUAGUUCCCCUCAGAAAGGGGUUAACAGUAAUAAAAAAUCUGUGUAUCGGCGCU